AUGAACGCAGCCGCUCGCGCGCGUCACAACACUGUCGCGGUGCUCACGACGGUGGGCAUAGUCAACGGUGGACUGGUUGGAGGUAUCGGACCGUCGAUUGACGCAUUCGCUGCAAACACGGGCCUGUCACAGUCAACGCUCGCUGGACUAGUGCUCCAGAUGAAGUUGUCAAAACUGCUCGGCAACUAUUGCUGGACAUACUACGCCAACUCCUCUGCGCGCCAUGGGCGGCUCUCACCGCGCGGGCUGCACGCUGCACUCAUGCUCUGUUCAGCUGGGCUCUCAUGCGUGGUCGCCCGCGCCCGCACUUCUCCACGGUGGCUGCAGCUCGCGUGCUGGGGGUUUGGUCUCUGCUAUGGGUGCUCCGACGCCGGCGUGCUGAUGGCACUCGCCGUGCUCGCGGCGGCGGCGGCAGCAGUCCUCGCCUGUGCGGCGCCGCUGCCGAGGGGCGACGCCGCGUCGCUGCCACACUACGAGGCGCUGCAGCCAGACUCGCCCGGCGGCAACGGGCUGGAGCUGCAGCCUCUUCACGAGCCCGGUUCGACGGCGCAGUCGUCAGGCGACGGGCGCGACGGGCUGGGAAGGUCGCCUCUGCACCGGAGGCACGGCUUGGUCCUCGUGGGAGCGAUGGCGACGGUUCUCUUCAGCGUCACGGCCGCUGAGCACGGGGUGGCGACCUGGCUGCCGACCUAUGGACAGCGCGUCGGCGCGAUGGAGCUCUCGUCGCUCGCGCUCCUCUCCUCUGUCUUUUGGGCUGUCGUCACGGCCGGCAGGGUCGCCUGGUCUGCGUUCGCGGCGUCUGUCAGCUCGGCAUGGCACGCGCUUGCCUUCGACGCCAGUGUGAUGGUCGUGUCGGGGCUCAGCUACCUCGGCUAUGAGCUCCUCCAGUCGCAAUGGCUGCUCUGGCUGGGCACCUGCGGGCUUGGCAUCGCCAUCGCGAGUUCGGUGCCGGCCGCAAUGGCGCUGCCCGCGGAGGGCGACGUGAUCAUCAGCCCAAACGUGAUGCUGGUCUUCAACUUUGCGAUGUCUCUCGGCGAGCUGCUUGCACCGUACACGAUUGGCCUUUGCUUUGCACAGGGCUGGUACGGCGCUUUCACGGCGUGCACGGUUAUGAUGAGCCUCGCCGUGGCUGGCGCCACUGCCGUCGCUCGGUGCACGCUCGUGCCGAAUUGAGAUGCGCAGGGCGAGUUCUAAGGGCACUAGGAUGUAGGAACGAGACGCGAGUAGGGAAGGCACGAGAGUAGCGUGUUGUUUGUUAGGAGAGACACAUUGAGCAGGGGUUGUAUUUUUCAGGCGCGUCUUGUAGCGCACUU